GAAAGAGCCGGUGUUUUAGGAAGGAACGAGCGACCGAAGUGGGAGGCAAGAUAUAAAGACUUGGUAACUGCGACCGAUCGGGAUAAGAAGCGGAUAUCAUCAUGAGGCAGUAUCGAACGAUCGGCCUUUUGGCCUUAUUACUAGUUGCAGCGUGUGUCCAAGCGCGAGAGGCCGGAUUAUCGCGUUCGAAACGUUACAGUGGAGGAUAUUCUUCCAGCAGUGCCAGCAGUUCGGCCAGCGCAAGUGCGUAUGGGGGUGGUAGCAGUUAUUCCAAAUCCGAUGCUCAAGCUAUCGGCAGUGCCUCAGCAGGUGCUCAGUCCUCGGCAUUAGCGAAUGCCGGUGGAUAUGGAGGAGGCGGCGGUCAUGGUGGUUUCGGUGGCGGCAGCGGUGGUCUAGGAGGUAGCGGUGGUCUAGGAGGUGGCGGUGGUCUAGGAGGUAGCGGUGGUGGUCUAGGAAGUGGCGGCGGUCACGGCGGUUAUGGAGGCGGUGGAGGUCAUGGAGGUGGCAGUGGCAGUGGUCUAGGAUUCGGAGGUGCCGGUGCAGGUGCUAGUAGCGGUGGAUUUGGACCCGGAGGAGGCAGUGGAGGCUACGGUGGUGGAUCCGCGGGAAGCAGUGGAGGCUACGGUGGUGGAUCCGGGGGCAGUGGAGGCUAUGAUGGUGGUAGUGGUCAUGGAAGUGGAGUUGGUAAAGUUAGUGGAGGUCUUGGCGGUGGUUAUGGUGGAAGUAGUGCCGGUGCCGGAAGUUAUGGCGGAAGCGGUUCCUUAGGUGGUGGUGGUGGCUCGGGAGGAUAUGGUAAUGAUGGUGCCGGUGGUGGUUUUGGCAGUGCUGGUUCUAACGCAGGUAGUUACGGCGGUAGUAGUGGAAGUGCUGGUGGUUACGGUGGUAGCGGCGGCUCAGGCAGUUAUGGAGGUGGUCAUGGAGGGCUUGGAGGUGACGCCGGUUUUGGUGGCGGAUCUGAUAAAUGGAGCGGCGGUGGCGCAGGUGGUGGACACGGUCUAGGACAUGGAGGAGGCUUAGGCGGUGGACAUGGAAAAGGCUCAGGCGGUGGACAUGGAGGAGGUUUAGGUGGUGGACAUGGAGGAGCAGGAGGAUUGGGUGGAGGUUUUGGGGGUGGUUUGGGUGGUGGACAUGGAGGAGGUUUAGGUGGUGGACAUGGAGGAGCAGGAGGAUUGGGUGGAGGUCUUGGAGGAGGUUUAGGUGGUGGACAUGGAGGAGCAGGAGGAUUGGGUGGAGGUCUUGGGGGUGGUUUGGGUGGUGGACACGGAGGAGGCUUAGGCGGCGGACAUGGCGGAGGAUUAGGUGGAGGUUCAGGAAGUGGUUUGGGUGGUGGACACGGAGGAGGCUUAGGCGGAUAUGGAAGUAGCGGAACAGGAGGUGGAGGAUGUGCUGGAGGAUGCGGCGGUGGUAGCGGCGGAGCAAGUGCCAAUGCUCAAGCUAGCGCUAGCGCAAACGCCGGUGCAGGUAGCGGAGGAUACGGAGGUCUCGGAGGUCUUGGAGGUCACGGAGGACAUGGAUCGGGAGUAGAUUUAUUCUCCCGUAUCGGUGAUACUGACGAAGGUUCAAGUGGCACUGUGGAAGGUGCCAAAGGUGUUUACAGCAGCAGCGCAGCUAAUAUAGAUAGUUCUGGUAAAGGUACUUAUUCCGUGAAAGCGGGUAAAAUUCCGGGAUAAUAUUUGUUUAAUUUUCGAACUAAAAUAUUACUUUGUUAAAAAUUCUUCCGAAGAUUGACGAGUGUAUUAGCUGUGAUUAUAAUCGCAUUUUGUAACAUAAAUAUAGUACAAUAAAAUUAUAAGAAGUCUACGCUUUAUUUACUUUUUAAUUGUCAGAAAAAUUCAGCGUCUGAAAAAAAUAAAUCUUAUGAAAAUUGUG